AUGGUGACCCUGAACUCCAAGUGGCGCUACCUGUUCAUGCUGCUCGGGGUGCAGCUCAUCGUCAUGGCGCUCCUCUCCAGAGAGGCCUACCAGAAACGGGUCACCUACUUUUUUAGGAUUUUCCGCAGGCUGGACGUGCUGUCGGGCUCGUCCGGGUCGGGGGCGGCACACGGCUCGAACCGCACCGGCACCGACGUGUACGCCAACCUCUCCCACCUGGCGCUGGUGCACAACAAGGAGGAAAUGCCCUACUGCCCUAAAACGUCGCCGCUGCUCAGUGGACCGAUCCACGUCAGCUUCCACUCAGGACUAACGCUCGCUCAGGUGAAGCGGAAGAAUCCGCUGGUGGUCCGCGGGGGGCGCUACAGGCCGCCGAACUGCAAGGCGCGGCACCGGACGGCCAUCAUCAUUCCUCACAGAAGCAGAGAGUCGCAUCUGAAGUACCUGCUGUACUACCUGCACCCGUUCCUGCAGAGACAGCAGCUCAACUACGGCAUCUACGUCAUCCACCAGGCGGGUAACUACACGUUCAACCGGGCGAAGCUGAUGAACAUCGGUUUUCGGGAGGCGAUGAGAGAGGAGGACUGGGACUGCCUGUUCUACCACGACGUGGACCUGAUCCCCGAGGACGACCGCAACACCUACGUCUGCGACAGGAACCCCAAGCACGCCGCCAUCGCCAUGGACAAAUUCGGUUACAAGUUGCCCUAUAAGGGGUAUUUCGGGGGCGUGUCCGCUCUGAGUCCUCUGCACUACCUCAAAAUGAACGGCUUUCCCAACAACUACUGGGGCUGGGGGGGCGAGGACGACGACAUCGGCAUCCGCGUGUCUCUGGCCGGGAUGACGAUCAGCCGCCCGUCUCUGAAGGUUGGACGCUACAAGAUGAUCAAGCACAAACUGGACCAGGGAAAUGAGGUCAACCCCAAAAGGUUCAGCUUGCUGGCCAAGACCCAGAAGACGUGGAAGCUGGACGGCAUGAACUCGGUCCAGUACGAGGUGGUCUCGCGGGAGCACACGCCCCUCUACACCAACAUCACCGUCGACGUGGGCACCGAGACGGCUCUGCACCCCACGCCCAAACGCGCUCGACCUCCAGCUAAGCACUGAGCCCGACCGCUCGCUCCCAAAACCACCCGGUGCCUUAAACACGUCCGCAUCCCCUCUCUCUCCGUACGGAACGUUCCGGAGUUCGAUGCUCCCGCAAGUCCCCAAGUAGUCCGUACCGAGGGAGAGUGGGCGGAGAACCGUGGGUAAUAUACAGCGGACCGAUCGGACUGCAAUGAAAAGAGAGAAAACAAUACGAGGAACUAUUUUUUUAAUCCGACAGAUGACGAACAAUCAGAGCCGACGUGCCGGUCAGCACGGUCAUUAUCAUUAUCGCCGUGUACAUAUCAGUGCCACCUUUUCUUUUCCUGCUUUGCCACAUCUUGCCGUCACGGCCUUCACAGAGGUGAAUAAGCCGAGCUGUGGCGUCGAUUCCCUGUCAGACGGAAUCAUUCAUGAGCGCAAAAAAAAAAAUCAGACCGUAAAUUAGGUUUGGCGCCAGAAAUCAUGGGACGCCCCCCUUAACACCGGUGCCAGAAGCGCACAAGUUCCGUUCACAGAGCUGCCGACCUGGCCGGGCGUCCACACGCAG